UAGUUUGGCUGUUUUAGCUUGUGCUUUCGGUCGUCUGUGUUGUUCUCCUCACUGUUUUACAGUCAGUGAUGUAAACAACUUAUCAUUUCACGUGUUUAUGAUCAUAUUUAUAACUGAAUUGUGUGUGAGAAAUGUGCUAGUUUUGUAUGUGGCGGCUAAGAGCACAGUUUCGGUAACAUUUAUGAGUGAAACGGUACCCCACGAUGUCUUUGCCGAUAAGCAUCCCGUUGCUGUUGGCGGCGACCGCGGUUUUGGCCGAAAUCGACAUGAACUUCAUAAAGUAUCCAGAAUCCGUAACGGCUCCUGUCGGUGACUCGGUAACCUUCGAGUGUGAAGUGGACGUACCGGCUGAGAAGCUGAUUUGGCGAACGCGACCCGUUGACGGCCCUGAAGGUAUCUGGGAGAAAGUGGUGACAGGCAAGGAAAAAUCCACUGAAGUCUCAAGUCGUCUGGCCGUCGAAGUGAAAGACAAUACACAAACUGCUUUUUAUCAGUGCGUAGUAUUGUACGGUUCAGUGAUAUUGGUAUCGGUACCAGCAAAGCUGAGUGUAGCGAGCCUGGAUUUAAGUAAGAACAGUCUUGAGAAACGCGUCAUUACUGCACCAUUGCAUAAUACUGUGGUUCUUCACUGCAAACAACCGCUGUCCGAUCCACCCGCUGACCUGACCUGGUGGAAAGAGAGUACAAAAGGUUCUAAGAAACCGAUAGAAACUCCUCAUGGUGUACUGGUGAUCCACAAUACGUCGUUAUCUGACAGCGGCACAUACGGCUGCAAGGCCACGAACAAACUCAGCUUGAAAGCUGCGGAUCUACCCGAGAAGACUGUGCUGAAGAUACAGCGUGACGAUACCGGAGAAGUCAGAUUCGUGGAGUCGGAAGAUUAUGUAGGGGUCAAAGAUAAUGAUGUGCUAACGAUGCCAGUAAAGCCGAGAGGAACUUUAAGGUUGUAUUGCGGAGCGGUCGGAGUUCCUCCUCCGAAGAUCACUUGGACCAGGGAAGGAAGAACGCCGCUGCCAAAAAGACACGAUCAUGCGAUACUUAAUAUUGCGAACUUUACCGCUGCCGAUGAAGGUAUUUAUUCGUGUUCAGCAAACGGCAUACGUAGGUCUUGGAAGGUGGUGGUGUUGCAGCCGCCCCGGUGGGAGGGCGUCGCCGCCAACGCCAAUGACACGGAGGGCAAGGGGGUCAGUAUUAGCUGCGGCAACGCCGUCGGGUACCCCCAGCCCGAGGUCUACUGGGUGUUGAAUGGAGAACGCGUCAGCACCGGUACCGGAGUCACCGCUACAGAUUCAGACCUGAAUAUCGAGCACCUAGAGAAGAAGCACGCCGGGAUAGUUCAGUGCUUCGCGUGCAACAAGCUCGGGUGUUCGUUCCUGGCGGCCAUGCUCACUGUCGUUCCGCUGCAGAUAUCGGACCAGGAUUAUUCAAUGGAAACGCCGAAAACUUUGCAAUCAUCAUCGCAACUUCCUAAACGUCAUAACAGGAAGAAUUCAAGGAAGCAGAAAGUUGUACCAGUGAUGGUGCCACCAUCGCGUCCUAACGUGACCCGCCUGUCCGACCAGAGUGUGAUGCUGUCCUGGACACAGCCACGGGAAGGACUUCCCAUACUAUUUUUUAAGGUGCAGUACAAAGAAGCGACGAAUACGAGCAAAGAGUGGAAUACAUUGACGCAAGAAAUCCCUCCCCACAUACAUUCUUAUGAAGUCGACGGUCUCACACCGGACAAGUACUAUAGAUUUCGAAUAGCAGCGGUGUACUCGAACCAAGACAACAAUCAGGGUCGGAGCAGUACGCGUUUCUUCCUGCAGAGCGGCGAGUACAAAGGGCCCAGUGCACCUGUACUCACCAAAGUUGAAGCCACCUCGCCUCACAGCCUACAGUCAGAUUGGACGUGGUCUCGUGGUGAUGGUGCGGAGACAGAAGGGUUCUAUCUCUGUGUGCGUGCGGUGUCCUCUGCGGGAGCUUACGAGUGCGUGAGAGCUCCUGCAUCAGCUCGUUCGUUAGAGCUGCACCACUUCUCACCCGAUACUCAAUAUGAGUUGAAGCUCAGGGCGUACACAUUACAGGCCCCUUCUGAAUUCAGCGCUAUUAAGGUGGCAAAGACCCAGAAGCUAUCCAACGCGCCGACAUCGACGAGUCCAGCGCCGGUGUCGGAGGCGGGCGCGACCGGUGCGGGGGGCGCGGGGGGCGCGGGCGUGGCGUUGGGCGCGGCGCUGGGCGCGGGCGGCGUGCUGGUCGCCGCGCUGUUCGCCGCGCUCAUGUGUCGGCGAGCCAGGAGACUGCCUAAACACAAAGAGAACGCUUCAUCAUUGGAAGGCGGUGGGGCUAAUGCUUACAUUCCCGCCAAAGUUCCGAUCACUAUAACGUCAAACCCUAUGCAUUCAGAGGGAUCAGACCCUGGAGUAGAAAUGUCAUUUCUACACAACAAUAACACCGGGAACAAUGAUGACACACUAACGCAUUCGAGGAAAAACGGACCGGCACCGCGGCAAUACGUAUGAGCAAUAAAAUUGACAUUAUUAUAAGUGUUGCUAUUGAUAAGAAUAUCUACUAUAAUAGUAGUGAUGACGAUAAAUGUGAAACAAAUCGCAGUUUUAGUAAAUGGAGUACCGGGGUUGCAACAGUACAAAAAUAUAUACAUAUUUAUAUUUAAUUUUCGGUUACAUUUUUACGGGAUAAAUAACUGUGAAAAUUACUGUUUAAUAAAGACUUGGUUAUUAAAUUUAGUACUAACGCUAAGAUUUUAAUUUAUUUAGAAAAGAACUAGUUAAACAUGUUUUUAUAGAUCUGAAUUAAUAUUUGUAGCCAGCUCAGAGCUGAUUUUGUAUGUUAAGGGUUGCCAUGAUUCGGAGAAAAAAUUAAAACGCAAGAAAGGGCAAUGUACUUAAGGUAAAUGUGUUAGAAAUAUGAAAAUAGAUAUUUACACUGCUAAGUAUUUCCUAAAUUUAUCAAUUUUUUGUUGUUAUUUUGAUUAUUAUUUUGUAUUUCUAAGGUUGUGACUCAAACAGGUAUUUACCCAGUGAAACGAAUUCAGAAUUUUUAUUUUAGUCCCAUUGGUAUCAUGGUACUUAUAUUUGAUGUUUUCAUCAAGUAAUGAAAUAGACGCAAUAAUUGAGGUCGUCAGCGCAAAAGUAGCUUAAGCUUACCAUAGUUGGUAUGGAGAUAACGAGGCUUGAAUUUGCUUGUACACUGCUUCGUAGGCAAAAACAAUACGCGCAAAAAUAAUGUUUACAAACCCAUUUGUUGAAAGGCCAGUUUUGCAUCAAAAUUUAUUAUGUUUUAAAUAAUGUAAUACGUAAGCCCGAAUAUGAAAAAUUGUGGGUUAAGCCACUUUUCUGCUGACGGCGUCAACUAAUAUUCUAUAUUUUUGCCUAAUCUUAAUUUGAGUAUUACAUUGUGAGAAAUGGACUUAUAAUACACAUAUUAUAUACAUUACAAUACAUAAAAUAAAUUAUAUUAUAUAAACAAAUUACUGUUAAUAUUCGAACUAAAAUACAUAGCCUAAUUAAUAAUAAUUUAAAACCUCUAAACAAUAUUGGUGUGUGUAUUUCGGUUAAUAUAUUGCUUUAUUCGCAAAUAUCUACUAGCUUCUAGAUAUGAUGCAUUUUUGAUUCGCUUAUAAGACUGAAACAAUUUAAGUCGAUUUAAAUUGCAUUUUAUAGCUGUAUAGAUUUUGUAUAGAUUUUUUUCAACGCUUAAACCCUUUUGGUAGAAAUUAUUUCUAGUUAUUGGCAAGUUUGGAUAAAUUAGUGCGAGUAUAUGAGUACAGUUGUGUGUUUUAUUAAAUCUAUAUGAACGUGUAUUUAAUACUAUAUGUAUGGCCUGCGACUGGCACCAUAACUUCAUACUUAAUUAAUGUAGAUAUUAUCUCCUAGGUAUAGUUUUUAGGAUCUGCGGGAAUCUCAGGCACUAAAAUACACUUAUAGAAUAAUUUCGGUUAAAAUUUGAAUAGAAAAAUUAAAAUUUGAUUAUUAUUAUUAAUAAAAUUUCGACCUAAACAUAAUAAUAUAUCAAUCACCUCUUUGCUCGUAACAAUGAAGAACUUAAAAUAUAAAAAAUGAAAACGUUAAACCAUAUUGUGUUAUUUAAUGUUCGAGUAAUUCUAAAUUCUACGAAUAAACAGUUUAAUACUGUUGCAAAUAAUUAUCAUAUAUUUCUUGUGUUGUGAAACAAGAACAGUCUGUUUUCGAUUACGAAUCACCAAAUUAUUUGUUAAGUUAAUAAUAUACAAUAAAAGGGAUUCAUAUUGCUUAAACUAUUCAUUCUCUAGAACUGUAUCUGAUUUGUUAAUUAAUACUGGUUCGAGGCUAGAUUUUUUCUAUUGAAUAUCAAGUUUUAAGAGUAGAAAAGAAAUUAGAUAAUUUUCUCUUAUUUAUUAUCUCUGACAUUGACAGCAGAAGUAAUUCUGAUCAAUCUUUUAUCUGAUUUUCUUUUAUUUAAUAUGAUAAAUUAAUGUUGCCAAAAUACAGGCACUAAGAUACUUAUUUUUAAAGGUAAAUAAAAUUUAUUAAGAAGAGAAUUAAUAUCAUUAUAGCCUGUGAUUGCGGACUGAAAAGUUAACGAUCAAAACAAAAAAAUUUCAAGAUGGUUAAUGAGUUAUACACUUAUUAAUAGACUUAAUUUAGGAUGAAAUAAAAUGUCUUGGAAUGACGAUACUACAUUUUUCAAGAAAUGCUUUUUGAUCUUUUUAUACAGAUUUGAAAUGAGUUUUAUAGUUUUAUUUACCUUCACUGUUUAAUAUCUUUGGAGUUGAAAAUACAAAAAUAAAUAUAGAUCUGUUGAAAAUUGUAAUGCGGAAAUUCAUGGACAAUUAAUAAAAGAACAUGAUGUUUAUAGUGUU